CAAAAAUCUCCUACACUGUCCUGUGCCUCAUCUUCCUUUCUCCCUUGCUUUCUCUGCCCCUGAAUCUCUCUCGGGCCAUUGGGUUUUCCCUCUCUGUUUCACACAGCGUGAGCUUCGUUUUGGUAUGGUCGACGUCGGGAGCUUCGAUUUACUACGGGCUGAGUGUUCCUUUUGCUACAAAAUGGAGGGUUGGAUUUGCUCUGGGUGUUUGGCGUGGUUCAUAGCUUUGGUACGAUCAGGCAGCUGAGCAGUCUUCGUUCUGUUUUUUUCUUCGGUUGUUCUCCAGUUCUUUCUUCGGCUUGCCGUAGAUGGUUGGGGUGUUUAUCGGUAAGUUGGUGGGUUUAGGAGCUUUGGUGAUGACUUUGCUUCGAUUUUCUUGCAUCUAGGUCUUGCUUUUUUGUAGGUUCAUCUAUUUGCAGACGAUCUUGAGUGAAGAAAGCGGGAAUGGAACAACAGAUGUACUUCGACUGCCUCGGGCGUCGAAUCAGAGCCGAUUUCUCUGAUCAGCUCAUCUCUUCCAUGCCAUCUCCGAUUCCGCCCUCCCCUUCUCCUCCACCGUCGUCGUUCACGUGUACAAAUACAGCAAGACGGGUAAAACAUUGAUCAAUACUACUGUUGUUCAGGGGAUUCCCUGUUUGGAUAAAAUAUGUUCCCGGCAUUGCCUUCAGAACCGACAAUAGGCCCUUCAAGGUCAAUGUUAUUAACGGAACGCACCACAUAUACCAUAAACUUCUUAUAUGCAAGUUAGAAGUUCUUGGUGAGAGUCUCUACCAAUAUUAGCUCCAGAUGGUGAGGAAGGGAAGAUGGUCAUGCAAAAUUUCAGAAAAAAGUUCUGUGGUGGGGGGUUAUUGGGGGAGGAGCUGGAGAGAACUGCGAAGGGCGGUGAUGUAAUUGUUGACUUAAAUUCGACAUUUGAAGAUUUAUACAUGGAAGGUACGAUGAAGGCACUUUUGCGUUGCAUCUAUCUCAACUGUGCCCCUCGCAUUGAAGCUUCUAACAAGGCACAUGGAACUAUGCGUGCUGUGAUCGCCUUCUUUACACUUUAUUCAACCUGCUGUUUUUGCAAGCCGAAGAAUGUGACGGAGAAUAAGAUGCAUGAGAAAACAAAGGAAGCAGAUUUACUAAAGGUAAAGCUUGAGGAGUUUAUGAUACUAGAGGUGAACCGAUGUUAGAUGCUGUGAGUAAUUAUUAAAAAUUGAUAUUUAGUCCAUUUUUAUUUGUUUAAAUUACUGUCAAAAUUAUUCAACCUUCAUUUAACUUUUGGCAUAAACCUCCUAAUGCAGGGAAAUAAGCGUCAUAAAAAGUUAUUACAAUAAGAAUAUGAAAGCUUAGAAUAAGAAAUUGGUACUUAUUGAAAUUCAAAGCUAUCUUUGCAAAUCAUGCAUGUGUUCUUUUUGGCUGGAUUACAACUUUUACUUCUUUUAAUAAUAUGACGAAACCCAUGUGAAAAAGGAAGAAGAACAUGGUGAGAAGUCCAGGUCUAAAAUGAAUGUUGAUGAGGAACAUGUAAAGAAAAAGAGAAAGUAAACUGGGAAGAUUUGUUUAUUCAAUAACUUUAAAUGAUUUCUCCUUUUCUUCACUUUUUCCUCUUAUUCUUUUUGUAUUUUUUUACAUUUUGUUCAUUAACUUAAUUUAUGUCUCAACUUUUGUAGGGGGACGGAGGUGGGUUAGUCAAGGACCGAUAGAGAAUCAUAGGUUGGAUUUGGAAGAAAUUGAUUAUAUACUGCUCACAAUAUGAUUAAUUUAGCCUUCAAGUUUGAUAUUAUAGUAUGGUAAUUUAUCAAUCGGCGACUUAAAACAGCUUAGUACAAAAAGAAGUUGUUAGUUUCAGGAUAUUUGGGUUUAGGGAUUCUAUUUUCUGGUUCUCUCUUUGGAUCUCUGUUCUUCUACGAAGUCAUCAUUAUCAACGAAGGGUCAACGAAAUCAAAUCUAGAUUGUUUGCUCCAUUGCAAAACCCAUGUCGUCAGCUGUUUUCUGAGUCAUUUUUACUGCCUCAUUUUCGUAGGAAAUACAUAGUAAGAGCUGUUUCGAACUUUCGAUUUCUAUUGUUUGGAUUUUUCUAUUUUCUUUGUGCAUAUAUUUGGUUUACCAUUCGUUUUGUUGAUUUGACAAAUGGUUUUGGAUUACAUGUCUACGAAAGAUGAAUAGAGAAAACAGCCCCUAUAUGAAACACCAAAUGACGCAUGAGAUUCAGAUUGUGCCAGACGACUCACGUGAGCUUUGCUUUAAUUUAUCUAUUUAAAAUGUCAAUUAUAAAUCUUAUUGUACAAUUAUAUAUUGUUCACACAUAGUUAUGAAACUAUAUUUGGUGCUUUUGGUUUUGACCUUUUAACAAUGUUCUGACAUUGUUUGGUUUCAAUUCUCAUCGAUCAAGAUUAAUGCUUUAAUUUUCAUAUAAGAAUAUUAAUAUCUGACUUGGUGGUUGUCAUAGUUUCUGCAGCCAAUGGUGAGAUUAUUUUACCAUGUUUGAAUAUAUUGUGGUUUUUCCCCCUUAAUUCUUUUCAAAAUCUUACUCUUUCUAGGGGAUUCAACUUUUUGUUCUAUUCAUGUUCGAAUUUCCCUUCUUUUCUUUCUUAACCAAUAAUCCUGCAGGGGAAUUUCAUUAAUUCCUACAACAGGUAUCCUUUAUUCAUCAAGCACUGAUUCCACGUUCAUGCUUCUGGUAUCAUUAGUGCCAUUGCUUGGGGGUGUACUCAUGUGGUGAUAACUUCUAUGUAGUGUUGCAAUAUCACAAGGAAUGUGUAUUGAUCAGUCCUUCACAUGUAUUUCAUUUUGCACAUGUUGGUCUGCUGGAACAAUUCCAUCCUCUAUACUUUUUGUUACACAUAUUGUGUAAUUUCUCACAACAUUCUUUCGUCGCCUUUUGGAAGAGCUUCAUUUUUCAGUGAUUUGGGAUUGGAAUGGGAAAAGAUGGGAAGUUUGGCAUAUUCAUUAUUAUAUGCCUAAUGCAGAGUUAUCAACAA